CUUUAUUCGAGGGGGCUACUCAGUAGGGUUUUGCAGUGGGGGCGAAGUUGGGCUCAACUCCCAAUACAAGGAAAAGUGGCAGGGUGGGGGGGUCGGUGGAUGGAUGAUUAUUAACAGGAAACAUCAGGGGUAAGAGGGGAUUCUGGCUAAAUUGACCUAACAGGAUUCUUGCUGAGGGCGGCCGGGUGAUUAGACACCACCUGGAAGAUGGUGGCGGGUGAGGAUCAGAGGCGGGGCAUGGGUGGACUUUGGUUAAAUCAACUUAGCAGUAUUCUUGCUAAAAAUGGACAAUUUGGAGAUGCACACGGAAGUCCAAAAGGCAGGGCCUAGCUGAGAGGAGUUCAGAGGAGCCCGACCUGGAUGUGGUCAAGGAGAGACUGUCAGGACCCGGGACAGCGGGGCCGGCGUCUCCCAUCAGAUGGGGAGUCAGGGCUCCACCGCCGAGGGCGCAGACAACGCGAUCUGCCGGCAGGGGGCGCGCCCGGGCCUCCGCGCCCGCGGGCGGCCGGAAGCCGGAAGUGCGGGGACGCGGCCGAGCCGGGGGUGGGCCACGGUGCGCGCGGGGCCGGGGCCCGGCCGGCCGGGCUCUGAGAUCCCUACAACCACCCAGAAUCAGACUCCCGGACCCGCCCCGGAAGCCAAGAAGGGGGCGCGGGUCCGGAGGCAGGAAGCCCUGCUGGAGGAGCGCCGGGGACGCGGGCGGCGCUGUUGCCGGAAUUAAAGCUGGACUCCCAUUCAGGACAGACAGACCUAUAAUUCCUGGUGUGAUGAGAGAGUGGGAUUUGCCGUCCUGAAGUCAUUAAGCUUGGGCCCUUGUUCCUCUUUAUGAGAGACUAGGGAGAUGGAAGACUUAAAAUCUGAGAAUAAAAAAAGGGUGCUUCCCGCAUGGAUGACAGCCCAGGUGGCUGAAAAGAGGACGGUGCAGAAAUUGUGACCAUCCACUGGGCAAGAUGAGUGACGAGGUGGUCCGGUCUCCCUGCGGGUAGAUCUUCAGGGACAGACGGACAAGCUGCAGGUUGCUGUGCCGGCCUGAGAUCAGAGGCUGUGGGACUUCCUGCCAUGAGGACUGUGUACUGCAUGAAUGAAGCUGAAAUCGUAGACGUUGCUCUGGGGAUCCUGAUUGAGGGCCGAAAACAGGAAAAGCCGUCGGAACAGCUGCCUGUGGCAGGCGCUGAUAAGCCAGAGCACUCCCCAGCCGGCUCAGCGCCGCCGUCCCCGAGUCCCCCCGGGAGCAGCAGUGAGGACGAGGCCUGUGGGGCAGACGGCCCUCCUGCGGGGCCUGCGGGUUCUGACUCGGCCUGCAGCCAAGGCCGCGAGGAAGACCAGGAUGCCCUAAAAUACGUUAGAGAGAUAUUUUUCAGCUAAGGGACAAACUUCCAGGACUUUCUGCCCAGAGUGGCUGGAGGAAGCUGGGUUUCCCUCUUGGCCUGGGCGCUGCCCUCAGACUGUCACGGCUUCUGCUCCCAGCUUCGCGCCGCUCUGGGCUGCGCAGAUUCACCUUGGGAGGUGAGGAAUCAGGAUGAGCUCCCGUUAGAAAUCCUCCCUGCACUGUGCUCUCUCCUCGCUCAGAGGGUCUGGGAUCCCCACCGUCUGUUGUGUUCAGUUACCUGGUUCCAGGGAGGUGAGGUUGUGGUGGUCAACUUACUGGAACCAAAGAGUCAACUUAAUAAUUUUUAAAGAAAAACAAGUUUGGCUGCUAAGUACACUGGAAUUCCUACUGUUUGGCCUCCCUAAGGAGGAAGCCUAUUUUAAAAAUAGCUUCCAUCGCGAGGCAGUCAGUCAGUCUGUGAGCCCUUGCUCGUCCAGCCCUGAACCAGACACCCUGCCACAGUGCUGGGCUCCGUCUAGGAGCCGGAGGCUCAGCGUACAGAUUGGGAAGCCUCCUGACCAAUCAGGCCUCCUCCCCCCGAGCUGCCACCUUUCUUCCACUUGGUGGCCUCGGCCUUGGUCCCUGGACAGUCGGAAAGCAAGAGUGGGACAGGAACCCAAAGGAGACACCAAGGACAAGACAUCACACUAGAGUCCGUGUUUCUGCUUCUGUAUUCAGUGUGGCUUUUGACAGGCAUAGGAUGAGGCAAUCACGUGCUGUACAGGUUUUAAAUAUACAGGUGCUGAAAAAUACACACAGUUCGCCAGUG